AACUUCCAAAACUGACGGCAACGCUUUAUCUUUUACAAACCUUUCUUUCAAUUUGGUCUAAUCACUUUAGACCCUUUCUUUUCUUUCUCUUUUCAUUUCUCAAUUCUCAUUUUCAUUUUCAUUUUCUCAAACUCAACAAAAUUAUGCCUCCAACUACAGAGAACCAACAAAGCUCAUUUUUGGGCAGAAUAAGCAUUCGUAGAAACCAAGUUAUGUCAAUGGAUGGUAGCAAUGAUCAAGAGCAAGAAGACCUUGAACUUUUCCAAAAACACGUCGGUGAUAGAUUCUCUGAUCUAUUAUCUUCCACAACGGAGGAUCCUUCCAGCGACGCUCUUCUUUCAAUUGGCUGGAUUCGAAAACUUCUCGAUGAGCUUCUUUGUUGUGAAGCCGAAUUUAAAGCUGUUGUUAUGAUGGGUCGUGAUCCUGCUCAAAUCUGCAAGCCACCUCUUGAUAGACUUCUCCCUGAUCUCCUUGAUCGUGUUGUUAAAGCACUUGAUGUUUGCAAUGCUGUUACUCUUGGCAUUGAUGCCGUCAGGAAUCUCCAGAGGCUCGCUGAGAUCGCUGUCGCGGCUCUUGAACCAAGGCCUAUGGGUGAUGGUCAGGUCCGAAGGGCGAAAAAGGCAUUGAAUUCUCUUGUCACCGCGAUGAUGCAUGAAGACAAAGAAUGUGGAAGUUCCAAAGGAACAGAGAGAAGCAGGUCCUUUGGAAGAAGAGGAAAUGCUGGGAAGGAUCGCGGUGGUGGAAGUUUCCGAUCUCUGUCAUGGACAAUGGCGAGAAAUUGGUCUGCUGCAAAACAAAUCCACGCCAUGUCUUCAAAUUUGGCUGCACCACGCGGCGCUGAAGCAACUGGCUUGGCUUCGCCACUAUACAUAAUGAGUACUAUAUUGGUUUUUGUUAUGUGGACUCUUGCGGCAGCAAUUCCUUGUCAAGAGAGGAAUGGGCUAGGUAGUCAUCUACCAUUCCCAAGGCAAUUGGCUUGGGCACAACCUAUGAUUGGUUUGCAAGAUAAGAUUGCAGAGGAAUGGAAGAAGAAAGAGAAGAAAGGCACUGUUGGAUUGUUGGAAGAGAUGCAGAAGAUGGAAAAGGUGGGACAGUGGCUUAUUGAUUUUGCUGAGUCUUUUCAAUUUCCUGGUGAAACAGAACGUUUGGAUGAGGUGAAGGUACAUGUGGAGGAAUUGGCUGAUAUUUGUAGGAAGAUGGAUGAAGGAUUGGAACCUUUGCAGUUACAGAUUAGAGAGGUUUUUCACAGGCUUGUUAGGACCAGGACUGAGUUUCUUCAUGUUUUGGACCAAGCUGGGAAAUUAUCUGCACCUACUGUGUAGACUUGAAAUAAUUUUCUUUUACUUUUUUUUUUAAUUUUUUUUUUACCUCUUUUUUGACUGGAUCUUUUCCAGCUAGAUCUUGAAAGUGAAGGUUUUGGCCCAUUUGCUGGGUUAAUUUUUAUUUUAUUGAGGUACAGUAAGCAUGGUGACCUAAUCUUCAUUUGUUAAUGGGUUGUCUUCAUUAUUAAUUGAUAUAUGUAUGUAAUGGCUCAUCUUAGCCUACAAUGUACAUCUACAUACCUAUAGGUUUUCAUAUGUUUUAAUUUUUCUUUUGAGGUGAUAGAGGAUGACUCAACUGCACUCACUAAACCUGUGGUGACUUGCCUAGUUGUUUAAUUUAAUAUAUGAAUGAACUCUUAUUUCUGAA